UGUGUCGAUUACAAUUUGUCACUGAAACGGGGAGUUGGUAUUUUUGUUUCGUGAUCUUGUGCGUGAGUUUUAUUUCACAGCCGAAUAGACGUUAACACGCAUCUUUAUAUACUAGCAAAACAUGAUACUAUAGUGAUUAAAGUAAGCACUAACAAAAAGUUUGGUGAAGUGUUUUGUAUUGGGUUUCGUAAAUCAACAACUAACAAAAUGACUUCAAUUUUUGAUCAAUACGAGCAAGCAUCCCAGGUUUCGCAGCGAGCGAAGCCUUUGUCGGAGCCGAUGACAUCCUCCGGGUACAUUACCAUGCAGGUCGAGGACAAUACGCCGAUGUUUUCCAAGCAGAAGAUGAAUUUGACUCCUUCAGACACUAUUACUCAUAUCGCUGUUGCUAGUGACUACCUUGUCCUUGCCAUGGCCAAUGGGAAGCUGUUUAGGAUGGAUCUGAGGAUGCCUGAUAAUGCUGAAGAAAUCCAAUAUUCGAAAUACGUUCAGCAAAAUACGAAGCUCACCGGCAUAUUCCUCGAUCCCUUAGGCCAGCACCUUCUACUGGCAUUCGCAGCUAGAAAUAAAGAAGGCAAUCCUGAACUAGUCUACCUUCACUGCAAGAGCUCUAAGCUAAAAUGUGUUACGAAGUCAAGAAACUUUGAAGUGACAGAAGUUGGCUGGAACUAUGAGAAUUUCUCAGAAGUUACUACUGGUCCGAUCUUGCUGGGUACAUCCCAGGGGCACAUCAUAGAAACUGAGCUGGAAGCUGAUAGCGAUAAGUCUUUUACCGCAAGCCAGCAAUAUUGGAGACAGAUAUUCGACAUUGGUCGAGGCGCGGAGACGCCAAUAACAGGCUUGCAGUUCCACCGAGUGGGGAACACAAGUAAAUACUUCAUAUUUGUGACCACUCCAACAAGAUUGUACCAGUUCAUAGGCCAUGCAGUGACCACGGAUGGGAAGCCGUCACUCCAGUCCAUAUUCCAUCAGUAUCUGACCACACCAGAAACCAGUUUCCAAGAAAUACCGUCGACAUUGAAGUAUUCUAAACUGCAGUUCUUCCUUGAUAAAUUCAAUACGCCGAAAAUGUUCGCCUGGCUGACUGAACCUGGGAUAUUUUAUGGACAGUUGGAUCCUAUAUCUCAACAAAAUUCAAACUCCCUUUUCACACAAGGUGAACUAAUCAACUACCCCACAGAAAACGAGGCUAAAGAAAAGUCCCCACUGGCUUUCGUCCUUACGGAAUUCCACGCGCUUAUCAUGUACUCCGAUAAAGUGAAAGCGAUAUCUUUACUGAACCAGGAAUUAGUAUACCAAGAUCACUAUUCAGAAGCUCAUGGGAAGUUGAAGAAUAUAGUCAAGGACCCAUUAAGGAGGACGAUCUGGGCAGUGACAGACAAAACGGUCUUCCGAUACAAGGUGCUAAGAGAAGAACGCAAUGUCUGGAGGAUAUACUGCGACAAAGAACAAUUCGACCUCGCUAAAGAGUACUGCUUCAACAACCCUGCGUUUGUCGAUAUAAUAAAUGUGAAACAAGCAGAGUUACUGUUUUCCAAAGGCGACUACGAAAAAAGCGCGGAGAUAUUCGCCGAGACGCAAAGCAGCUUCGAAACGAUCUGCCUGAAGUUCCUAGAAGUUGAUCAGAUAAAUGCCCUGAAAGUGUAUCUGGGAAAACGUCUGGAUGUUUUGAAGGAAGAUGAGAAAACUCUCACAUCAAUGAUAGUUAUUUGGAUGACUGAACUGUACCUGUCCCAGUUAGGUCUCCUGAGACGGACUGGAAACGAGGAGUCGCACGAAUACCGGCAGAUACAAAGUGACUUUGAAGUCUUUCUUCUUCAGCCCAAAGUAGUGAAAUGUAUGCAGCACGUGAAAUCUGUCAUUUACGACUUGAUGUCUUCGCACGGAGACAAACAGAAUUUGAUCAAGCUCACUAUAAUAAACGAAGACUACGAAAACGUCGUGUCACAGCACAUUUACAAGAAAUCCUACUUGGAAGCUUUGAACACUCUUCAGACUUUGAAAAAGCCAGAGUUGUUUUACCAGUUUGCUCCAACGUUGAUGGAGGAGUCUCCAAAACACACAGUAAACGCUUUGAUUUCCCAGGGUAUGCGGUUGAGUCCUACAAAGUUGCUCCCAGCGUUUCUCUCGUGUGAGAAUGAUGAGGCCCAUGUGUCAGAAAUUAUUAGAUAUUUGGAGUUUAUGGUGCAGAACUUCAAUGUGAAAGACAAAGCUAUCCACAACUACCUUCUGACGCUGUAUGUGGAACAUGACAACACGUCGCUGAUGCGGUAUCUGGCCAGGCAAGGCCAGGAUGCGGCCUUGGUCAAUUAUGAUGUUCAUUAUGCUCUAAGACUGUGCCGCGAGAAGAACGUACCCGAGGCGUGCGUGAAGCUGUCCGCGCUACUGGGGCUGUGGGAGACGGCGGUGGAGCUGGCGCUCACCGUGGACCUGGCGCUGGCCAAGAGUGUCGCCGACCUGCCUGACUCCGUGGACAUGCAGCGGCAACUGUGGCUUAGCAUCGCGGAGCACGUGAUAACCAAAGAGCAGGACUUGAAGCAGGCGAUGUCCUUCCUGGAGGAGUGUCCGCUGGUCAAGAUAGAGGACAUCUUGCCCUUCUUCAGCGACGUGGUCACCAUCGACCACUUCCGGGAGCCCAUCUGCCAGUCGCUGCAGGAGUAUAACAAUCAAAUAGAAGAACUGAAAGCUGAAAUGGAAGAGGCUACACGAUCGGCGGAAUACGUCCGCGGAGAGAUCCAAUCGUUCCGCAACCGCAGCGUGUUGGUCUCAGUAACGGACGCGUGUUGUCUGUGUGAAAUUUCUUUGCUUCUGCGCCCCUUCUACCUGUUCCCCUGCGGGCACAAGUUCCAUAGCGACUGUCUGUUGAGCGAGACGCAGCCUAUAUUGGCACCAGCCCGCCGCAGCAAACUAACAGACCUACAACGCCAACUGUCAGUAUUAUCGAAUAUAGAGUUGAACACUGUCACUUCCACUGGGCUGCCUCUGAGAGAAGUCUUGAAGAACGAGAUAGACGACCUUGUUGCAAGCGAGUGUCUCUUCUGCGGCGAGUACAUGAUCUCUUGCAUCGACAAGCCGUUCAUACCGCCUGAAGAUUGGGAUAGAGUGCUGAAGGAAUGGGAGUGAUUUGUGACUUUAUCUAUUGACUUGAAGUUGAUAAGAGUGAUGCAUUAAUGAUAUGGGUACAGUCAUGCAUGAGCAAUAUAAUGUACCCACUUUAGGACUUUGUCGCAUUAACAUAUUUGACAUUUAGUGAGAUUUACAGUUCAAUUUGUCAAAAAAGUUAAUGUGACAUGGUACCAAAGUGGAUACAUAUUAAUGCUCGUGACCGUACCUAUUCUGGGAGAUGCCAGCUUAAUUUUAAUUCGACAUCUCUUAAAUCAGUGCCGUCCUUCAUUUACAAUAGGAACAAGAAAAAGAUGGAAAUACUUUUAGUUACAACAACCUAAGCUACAACGUAGCAUAGCUUACGAGUAGUCAGAGGUACAUCCAUCGUAACCAUAGAUUGUCAACCGUAUCGUCACAGUUUCAACUCUGUCAAAUUAAGCUAAAAUUAAGUUGGUCUGCCCAAAUCGGACCUAGUGAUGUGCUUUAUAGUUCUUGCGCUCUAUAUACCUUAUAAUGAAUUGUAAUCAGGUAAUUUUAUGAGUUGUUUAGUAUUUUCAUUUUCUCAAAUGGGAAGGCAAUGGAAUACAGCCAUACAGCCUGGUCUGCAGUUCAAGUUCUUUAAUGGCAGUUGUUAGGAGACGAUGCACCCUACCUCCUGUCAAUGUAAUUUAAAUGUCACAAGAACCUUCUCGACUAUUUGUGUUUAAGUUGGCAUUGGCAGUAAUGGUAGUCUCUUCUCUAUGACGACCGGUUGCCAUACAACCAUAAAGUUGAAGUUUUUAAGUUUUUCGUCGUUUCCCACCUCACUAUGGCGCAGGCGCAAAUACUUUUAGAAAAAAGGCACGUCUACCGCUCGGUAAAAAUGUAAAUGCUUUUUGUUGAAAUCGAAAUAUUUUUGUAUAAUUUGAGUAAGAAAAUAAUUUGUAAAUAGUCUGCAUAUUUUUUUUAUUUAGUAAUACAUGUUAAUGCUUUUUAUUAAUUGCUGCGUCCUGUGAUAUUUAAGUUCGUCUCUAUAUAAUCUCUAUGCAAUCUGUGUAUUUAUAUAAUAUAUAAAAAGCUUAUGUACCAAAUUAACUAUAAAUUUUGAGGAACUGAUAGUUUAGGUACAUAUUGGUGCAGAUACCAGUACACACCUUCUAAUUUUUUAUCUGUCUUUUUCUUAUCCACCGAAAAGGAAAGGGACGGCUAAUCGACAGGCAUAAAAUUUAUGGAACACGUCAAUUUUAGGCAGUUCAAACAACCCUCUCAAAAUUUUACAUUUAACCCGACAGAUUUAAGUUGACCGCACACGUCAAACGGAUUGCAUAUCAGUGAGAUGACUAUUUGAUUCACCCGGGUUAUACAUUUAAUUUUUUAAAUUAACAUCUGUAUCACGCGUCCCUUUUCUUUUCGGCGGAUAAGGAAAUGACAGGUAUAACUUUAAUUAAGAUUAGGAGGUGUCUGCAGGAACCAGGCCCAUUAUAAAGUGCAUAUUAUUUUGUAAAGUUAUGAAAUGUAA